UAAAGGCUCCCAGAACUAGGAGACCCACACGCUCCUUGGAGAACUGGGACUCUGUCUUCAGCCGGCGCCUCGCUCCCUCCCAGCACCAUGCCUUACAACUGCUACCUGCCCAACCUGAGCUGCCGCUCCAGCUGCCCCGCCCGGCCCUGUGUGGCCCCCAGCUGCCACAGCACCCCCCUGCCCGGGGCCAGCAACAUCCCCGCCAACGUGAGCAACUGCGGCUGGUUCUGCGAGGGCUCCUUCAAUGGCAGCGAGAAGGAGACCAUGCAGUUCCUGAACGACCGCCUGGCCAGCUACCUGGAGAAGGUGCGGCAGCUGGAGCGGGAGAACGCGGAGCUGGAGAGCCUCAUCCAGGAGCGCUGCCAGCCCCAGGAGCCCCUGAUGUGCCCCAGCUACCAGUCCUACUUCCGGACCAUCGAGGAGCUGCAGCAGAAGAUCCUGUGCAGCAAGUCGGAGAAUGCCCGGCUGGUGGUGCAGAUCGACAACGCCAAGCUGGCCUCAGACGACUUCAGGACCAAGUAUGAGACGGAGAUGGGCCUGCGGCAGCUGGUGGAAUCGGACAUAAACAGCCUGCGCAGGAUCCUGGACGAGCUGACCCUGUGCAAGUCUGACCUGGAGGCCCAGGUGGAGUCCCUGAAGGAGGAGCUUCUCUGCCUCAAGCAGAACCACGAGCAGGAAGUCAACACCCUGCGUUGCCAGAUUGGAGACCGCCUCAACGUGGAGGUGGACGCUGCCCCCACCGUGGACCUGAACCGCGUGCUCAACGAGACCAGGUGCCAGUAUGAGGCCCUGGUGGAGACCAACCGCAGGGACGUGGAGGAAUGGUACACCAACCAGACCCAGGAGCUGAACAAGCAGGUGGUGUCCAGCUCAGAGCAGCUGCAGACCUGCCAGGCGGAGAUCAUUGAGCUGAGACGCACAGUCAACGCCCUGGAGAUAGAGCUGCAGGCCCAGCACAACCUGAGGGACUCACUGGAGAACACGCUGACGGAAACAGAGGCCCGCUACAGCUCCCAGCUGUCCCAGGUGCAGUGCAUGAUCACCAACGUGGAGUCCCAGCUGGCCGAGAUCAGGGGUGACCUGGAGCGGCAGAACCAGGAGUACCAGGUGCUGCUGGACGUCCGGGCCCGGCUGGAGUGUGAGAUCAACACGUACCGGGGCCUGCUGGAGAGCGAGGACUGCAAUCUUCCCUGCAACCCAUGUGCUACAACCAAUGCAUGUGACAAGCCCAUUGGACCCUGUGUCUCCAAUCCUUGUGGCCCGCGUGUUCGGUGUGGGCCUUGCAGUACCUUUGUGUGCUAGAGGCCCUGGUGCCAGGAGGAGGAGAAGGGCUCCGAAGUCACAUCUCAACUCUACUUGGUUCAAACAUCUCCAACAGUGACCACUUUGGAUAAAGGAAGAAACUUCUCUUGCACCAGCUUCCAGGGUUCACCUCUAGGCUUCUGAUGAAAUUUCUGGCUUGAUUCUUUCCUAUAAGACAGCGUUUCUCAACCUGUGGGUCGCGACCCCUUUGGCAGUCGAAUGACCCUUUCACAGGGGUCGCCUAAGACCAUCCUGCAUAUCAGAUAUUUACAUUACAAUUCAUAACAGUAGCAACAUUACAGUUAUGAAGUAGCAACGAAAAUAAUUUUAUGGUUGGGUCACAACAUGAGGAACUGUAUUUAAAAGGCCAGAAGGUUGAGAACCACUGCUAUAAGAGAUGGCAGAGUCACCUUACUGUCUCCAUCUUCUGAGACACAUAGGGAAAUCUAUAACAGGGUCAAGUAAUACCUAUUAUCACAGUGACAUUUACAUAAUGUGUUGUGCUUUCACAGGUACUCAUCUAGAUGUGAUUGUAAAAUAAUUUCAUUAAAUGUGAUAUUGCUGAUGGGCACACUAUGAAGCUAAACAUAAUUGGGAGACGUUUUCCUUGUCACUCUUUUGGUCUUUGGAGAUGCAAGAAAAGAUGCCUUGUUAACCUCCUAAUAAACUUUUAAUCUGGCACAAAAGUGA